UACUCAGGAUAGUCAUAAGUCAGGUCAUAGCAGAUAUGUGUGCAUACGCUGACGAUGCUCGCUUGGCGGCGCCUCACUUACGUUGUUUUUCUGUGCGCUUGUUUAGGUACAAUAGAGUGUGAAGAUGACACGAAAGACGACUACGGGUCCAGUUGGCUAAUGCUCGUCGAUGAAGCGUUCAAUCGACAUGUUUUGAACUUUUCUGAUCUACCCUCGCGUGGGAUGCGGUUUGGAAAACCUGACUUUUAUUUAUACACAAGGAACAAUAGGGAUGAUCCAGAAGUGCUAUUUAUUCCAAAAGAUGACAAUUGCUUGAAGAGUGUAUACUUCAAUGGCUCCAAUGACAUCAGAGUCAUAACACACGGUUGGAUGUCCGACUACCAGGUCGGCUGGGUACAAAGCAUUAAAGAUUCUCUUUUACGGCAUUACGAUUUAAAUGUGAUGACCGUUGACUGGUCACACCUGGCUAAAAAUCCUUUGUACCCGUGGUCGGCUUUGAGUGCAAAGUUCGUGGGCAAACAAAUUGCCAAAUUGCUUGACUCUUGCACAAAAACUUACGGCGUAGGACGUGACCGCAUGUAUUUAAUCGGACAUAGUUUAGGUGCUCAAGCCAUGGGGUAUGCUGGUAGAUUUUUGGACGGUGAUGUGCACAGAAUUACAGGUCUAGAUCCAGCAAGACCACUGUUUGAAUUACCUCUAUUGCCAAUAGAAUUUCGUUUAGACAAAAGCGAUGCACAUUAUGUUGAUAUAAUCCACACAUGCGCCGGACUGUUCGGUUACGAAGACAGCUAUGGGCAUGCGGACUUUUAUCCCAACGAGGGUACCACCGACCAACCCGGGUGUCCGGCGAAACGGGAGCUAUUAGACAGUUGCAGUCAUGGACGCGCCGCAAUAUACUUUGAGGAGUCAAUAGAAUAUCCUUCUGGUAAUGGAUUCAUGGCUUACCGUUGUGAUAGCUGGAAAAAAUUUAAACGCGGUCUUUGUAAAGAGAAUAAAACAACGAUGGGAUAUCACUCAUCGUCAGAUAGUAGAGGAGAUUUUUAUCUUCGCACAAAUAGCGCCCCACCGUACGCAAUAUAAGAUGUUUAUUGAAGUUAUUCUUCACCGACUCAGAAAAUAUUAAUUCAAUAAUGGUUUUUUUGUGCUGUCUGUUUUACAUUGUUUAAACUAUUGACCACCAUGGCGCCACUGUAGUCUUGACACAUCAGAAUUGAUCCAAUUUUAAGGCUUUUGAUUCAUUUGGAUCGUAGUUUUGAUUUUUGUUUACUUUUAUUUUCAACGGAUAAUGUAGAUUUUCUAUUAUUUUAUCAUUUUACUACAUGCUUUACUUUCCCCUAACAUUUUAGAACCCCAAAACCUCCUUAUAGGGCUUUUGUUUAUCUUUCAAGGAGCUAUUAAUUUCUCUUAAAAAU